AUGUAUCGCAAAGUGAACUGACCAAAGCAAUCUAUAUGUAUAUCCAAAAGUGUUAUCGCUAACAGUCCAACUUGAUAGCACUCUGUCUCUCUCUCUCUCUCAUUUGUCGUGUUUCUUUGUUCAACUUCUAUUGUUUUACAGAUCAUGUCGACGGACUAUGAUGUCAUCGUUGUCGGAGCAGGCAUUUUUGGGUCGUGCACGGCAUACAACUGUCAGAAACUCGGACUCAAGACUUUGCUUCUGGAGCAGGUAUCCCAUCACGAAUGAUUCAAAAUUUUUAACAAAACUCUCAGUUCGAACUGAGUCACUCAAACGGAAGUUCUCAUGGAAAAAGUAGAAUCACUCGUUAUGCUCACACUGAGGUCGAGUACGUCGAUUUGGUCGCUGACGCCUAUGAGCAAAUUUUCGAACUUGAAAGAGUUCGUGGAGAGAAACUGUGGAAGUGAGAAUAUCUUGGGAUGACUCGAAAUGAAAAUGGAUUUCAGAAAAACCGGCAUUCUCUGGGUGUCGACUGGAAAUGAGGUCGAGACCAUUCAUAACAACUUGACAUCCAAGAAUAUUGAGCAUGAAGUAGUCAAAGGAAGCGAGGUAAAACACAAACACGUUUCUUCAGUUAAUAAACAAAUGCAGAUUGGAAAAAGAUAUCCUCAAUUCAAGUUUGAUGACGAAUGGAACGGAUUGAUUGACCCGAUGGGCGGUGUAAUCUACGCGGACAAGUGGCUGAACGCUUUUCGGGUUAACAAUACAUACUACUGACAUAUUCGGUCAAAUAAAUUAUAUGCAUUUUCAGGAUGAGUUCAAGAAAAUAGGUGGUGUUUUGCACGACCGUGAAGCUGUGGUUUCUCAUACCGAACACGGAGACACUUUGACUGUUCACACCAACAAAAGCCGUUACACAACCAAGAAAACAAUUUUCACUGUUGGAUGCUGGAUUACCAAGUUUCUUCCGGAUGUCAAGAUCAACAUUGAGGUAGUGGUCUAUUUGCUAUCAUCUUACCUAAUUUUAUGAAGUUCAGCCGAUUUCCAUCUCUGUUUGCUAUUGGAAAGCCAAAGAUGAGGCGGAUCGUCAUCUUUUGAACGAAAAUCAUUAUCCUGUUUUCAUUGCGCAAGAGAUGGCUUUGAAGGAAUUUCACUAUUCGCUCCCGGAUACGGAUUUCCCCGGAUCUAUCAAGGUUUACCAAAGAUUUCGUGAAGAGAAAACAAAAGUUAUUUUUUCCAGUUUUGCUACCACCACGGUGACGCUCUGACAAAAGACCUCACUCACCCAGACAAACGCUCUCAGGUAAGCAAAAAAAAGGCAAAUUUAUUCAUAACCAUGUAUACCUACAUAUUAUCUGUUUCAGCGCUGCAUCGACUUACCAGCGGAAUUCAUCAAAAAGUACAUUCCUGUUGUCGACGGAUCGGCUCCGACCAGGGUUGACAAAUGCAUUUAUACAGUUAGUCCCAACAUACUUUUAAUUAAAAUUUGCAUUUUAAACUUUCAGAACUCGCCCGAUGAUCACUACAUCAUUGGUAAAAUUCCCGGAAAGAACCCGAACAUUCUUGUCGGCGGAUGUGGAUCAGGAUCGGGAUUCAAAGUGGCUCCUGGAAUCGGAAAAGCUCUUGCUGAAAUGGCGGCUGGGAAAAAGACAACUGUCGAUGUCUCGUUUUUCUCGGCCGAUCGCUUCAAGCCCUCUAAAAUCUAA